CACGAAGUCUCGCUGCUUGGUUCGCAGCCCAGCUCUCUUCACUCCAUGGUUAAGCAAGUGCCACAGAGAUUACAAGAGACAGAUUUAUCUGCAAGAGAAACAAAGAACGUGAGUGUAAGCGGUAGUCAGAUCCAUCAGCAAAGUUUGGAUUGUGUGUUAGUGGGCAGAUCGUGAUAGUGAAGGUCGGAAUGACAACUCCUUGUGACCCCACUCAAGCCCCAGCAGCUGAUUCUGUUCAAAAGAUUCAGGAAGAGUUGGCGGGCAUUACUCUAGAUCCGCCGUCCAAUGGCGCCGUCUCACACAAGUGCGAAACUGCGAAUGAGCCAAUGCCCACCAACGUGAAUUACACCGAUGGUGCUUCAAUUUUAGAGAAUUCUGUGAAGAUGAUGUUGUUUGGUGGAGCUAUCUCCUGCAGCUUUCCUCCCAGAUAUGGAGAUAUCAGCGACUUUCGGGAUGUACCUAAUAAUCAGGAAGCUUUUGUGGAUCCUAACCGGGAUGAGAGCUUUAUUAUCGAGCUUUUGGAGCUCAAGGAGAAUGUCGCUGAUGCAGGCAGUGCUCGCUGGUUCUUGGAAGACCUUGCCGUGGAGCAAGCAUUUGAGAACACCUUGAUUGUGGAAGAUGAGAGUAGGAUACCUGCAGCGAACAUUCCCAACCUGGAGGCAAAUACCACGGUCAAUGCUGUAAUCGGUACCAUGGAGAUUGCAAAAGGUCGCCAAGGUGUUGAGGCGUCCAACAAUGUGCGGGUGUACUUAGCAAACAUCCGAUUGCGCGUUGUGGAAACAGACAUUCUUAUAACUGUUUAUGAGCCUCUAAAUAUCAGUGAGCAUAGUGAAAGUGCUGCAGCAGUGGGAGCAGGUGCGACAUUGCCAGCUGCCCAGGCAGGACUGUUGCCGGCUGCUGAUGUGUUCAAGCAAGUUCUUUCUACCUUCAGGAUUCACGACUGGUCUCUUUUUGGAUAUGUGGAUGAGUAAGGCACAAAGAAUUGAUGUUUUCCUCUACGAAAUCGGUGCCGCCCGAGGGUUUUUAGUUCUUGUGCGGCUGUUAGCUCCUACAAAACCAGUUGGCCAGAAGGAAUAGUGCAUCUUGCAAGCACCGCUAUAUUCUAUGCGAUAGAACCCUACUUAUGUAUGAUGUACAUGUCCUCACUCGGCGUCUUCCCAUAGUACCAGUUGGUAGUUUUUUUUUUUUUUUUUUUUUUUUUUUUUUGCGCUGUAGCUCAAGAGCUUCUUCAUUACAAGAUGACAGUGGAGUGCGAUUAUUUUGGCACGCAUCAAAGCCUGUCAACGGUGCGUUUAAUGAGAUGCUCAGAUUGAAUUUAGCGGAAAUACUGAGUUUCUACAACCAUCAAUUUACGUGGUCGAUGCACUCUGCCAGGAUUGUGGUCGAUGUGACCUAAUUUCCGUCAUUAGUAACCGCACACUUCUGAAAUGUACAGACUGCUGUCUAAAUUAUGACCAAAAUAUUUGUUCCAAAGAAAAUCUGGUUGAA